AUGGGCGACAACAGCAUCUUGCCAUUGUCAAGCAUAUGUAGAAAUGUUUUCACUCUUGAAACACUUCGCAUAUUUGGUCUGUCAGAUCUAAUGCGCCUUUUAGAUUGUCUAUUUCAGAAAAAUCCGAAGCUUGCACAUUUUGCUUUGGCCUAUUGUUCAAACCUGACAAAUGUUGCUUCAAGAUUGUCAGGUAAUGCCAGUUCUCUUAAGAUUUUGGAGAUUGAGAGAAGCAUUGUAGUUUGCACCUCUCUGGAGUCUCUGUUAGUAAAGUACUGCGAUGAGCUUGUAGAUUUCUUGAUGGAUUUGCAGAAGUUGCCUUCUCUCAUGUGUCUGAUGAUACAUCGCUGUCCCAAAUUGGACAUGGUGCCCAGAGGAUUGUGUGGUCUGACUAGGCUGAGCCAAUUGGACCUUGGUUAUUUCUUGGAGUUUGGCUCAUUCCAAAUCAUUUUCAAUGGCAUUGAGCAGAAUCUUUCGUCCUUCUACAAACUAGAAUUGUUUGGGUGCUCUGACUGGGAUUCUCUGCCUGAUCAACUUCAGUACCUCACAUUUUUGAAACAACUGAGCAUAAAUGAUUUUGGAGUUGAAACUUUGCUCAAUUGGCUUGGGAAUAUUUUCUCUCUCGAAACUCUGAGGCUGUUCAAUUGCGAGAAACUGCAUCAGCUGCCUUCCUUAGAGGCCAUGAGAGAUAUGAUCAAACUGAAGGAAUUUACAAUGACAAAUUGUCCUCUGUUACAAGCUAGUUGCAUCUAG